GCAGUCAGCAAAUCUAACUGAGUGAGUGCAACAGCACUACGAUGAGGACGUCCGCAACUACCUCAUUAUUUUUGCUGAGUGUUUAUUUGGUGCGGGCAAAUCCCAUCGAAACCAGCUAUAAAGCAUCAUGUGAGGUUUGUCACCCAACAAAAGAGGGCUACACAAAUGUUCAUCUAAUUCCCCACACGCACGACGAUGUUGGUUGGCUCAAAACUGUGGACCAAUACUUCUACGGCCAAAGACCCGACAUUCAAAAGGCUGCGGUCCAGAUUAUAAUUGAUUCAGUAGUAGAUGAACUCUCGAAACACCCUGAUAGGCGUUUUAUUUAUGUCGAAACGGCGUUCCUGAAACAGUGGUGGGACAUCCAGAACGAUGAGAGAAGGGCUAAAAUGCGCACCCUAAUUGAAAAAGGCCAACUUGAAUUGAUCAGCGGAGCGUGGAGCAUGCACGAUGAGGCUGUUACUCAUUAUCACUCCAUUAUCGACCAAUUUACUUUGGGCUUUGGAACGAUUGACCAAAUGUUUGAUGGCCUCUCUUGCGCUAAGCCCAAAAUUGGAUGGCAAAUCGACCCAUUUGGACACGCUCGAGAGACGGCGUCAAUUUUGGCGCAAAUGGGAUUCGACGGGCUGUUUUUCGCUCGACUUGACCAUCAAGACAGAGCUCGCAGAAUCCGCGACAAAGAGAUGGAAUUCGUCUGGCGAGCUAGCGAAAGUCUUGGAAACGCGUCUAGCAUCUUCACACAGGCAUUCUACAAGCAUUACAGCGCUCCCAGCGGAUACUGCUUUGAUCUAGUGCACUGCAAUGAUCAGCCGAUAAACGAGAACCCAAACAGUGGCGACUACAACGUCCCGAAUAGAGUGAAUUCGUUUAUGGAGUUUGUCAACUCUCAAAAGGACACAUACCAAACGGAACAUAUGCUUGUUACGAUGGGCGACGACUUCACAUACCAACAGGCGGCUUCGUGGUUUGAUAAUAUCGACAGACUCAUUAAGCACGUGAACGCUGAGCAGAAAAAUGGCAGCAUGAUAAAUCUCUUAUAUUCCACGCCCUCGUGUUAUCUGCAAGCGGUGCACAGGGCGGACAAAGUGUGGAAAACGAAAAGCGACGAUUUGUUCCCAUACGCCGACGGGGACCACAGUUUCUGGACGGGCUACUACACCUCCAGGCCGACUUUGAAGUACAUGGAGAGACGAGGAAAUAAUUUAUUACAGGUUUGCAAGCAGUUGAGCGUUUUGGCGGAGCUCAAGCAGGAAAAGUGGGAAGAUUUGGACUCGCUGCGAGAAGCGAUGGGGGUAAUGCAGCACCACGACGCAAUAACCGGCACUGAAAAACAACACGUGGCCGACGAUUACGCUAAAAUGCUGUACAAAGGAAUGCUCGAUUGCGGAGCAACUGCUGCAAAGGCGAUUAACAAACUAUCAGCGAAAAUUACGGAAGCGCCUAACGUAAAUUAUGAGUCAUGUUUGCUUUUGAACGUCAGCCAGUGCGAAAUUUCAGAGUCAAACGAAAAAUUCGUGGUUACCCUGUACAACCCUCUGGCUCAGGAAGCCUCUACAUACGUCCGUUUGCCAGUGCAAAACUUCAAAUACACCGUCUCGCAAGGCACCGUCCCAAUCGCGACUCAAAUGCUGAAAAUUCCUGAUCACGUUUUGAGGGUGCCCUACCGCAUCAGCACGGCUGUGCAAGAACUGGUUUUCAAGGCCAUCAUUCCUCCACUUGGUUUCCAAACGUUCUACGUAACAAAAACGGCCGAGGAGUCCGCCGUGCCUGCGCCAGUCGAGGGUGACGGAAAAUUCGCCAUUCAAGGAAACCUAAUCCAGGCAAAUGUGGAUCCAAACACCGGUCUGUUUGAAAGUUUAUAUUCCAAACAAAAUGGGUUAAAAUACACAGGCUUGAGCCAAAAUUUUUACUAUUAUCUGGGAAGCAAUGGCAACAUGGAGAGUAGUCAAUCGUCUGGAGCAUACAUAUUCAGGCCAAACGGAAACGCCACUGUGAUUAAUGCAACGCCAGAAAUUGCGACUUUUAAAGGAGAGUUAGUGCAAGAAAUCCAUCAAAAGUUCUCGGACUGGGUCAGCCAGAUUAUUCGAGUGUAUGCUGAUAACGAAUUUGUCGAAUUUGAGUGGAUGAUUGGCCCGAUUCCCGCUGAACUCCUGGUUAAUCCUGGAAAGGAAGUCGUUACUCGCUACUCGGCACAGGAUUUGGUAACUAAUGGAAUUUUCUACACGGAUUCCAACGGCCGCGGGAGCAUUGAAAGGAAACGUGAUUACCGACCGACCUGGGAUUUGGACCUCAAAGAAGAAAUAGCAGGAAAUUACUUCCCAGUCACAACGUUUAUUACAACGAAAAACGAAACGGAAAUGACCGUUCUAAUAGACAGGGCACAGGGCGGUACCAGUUUGCAAGAUGGAACUCUUGAAUUGAUGUUGCACCGCCGCCUUCUCUUUGAUGACGGUCGAGGUGUUGGAGAAGCACUGAACGAAAAGUAUGAAGACCCUAACAGUGGCGCAUCACAAGGAAUGAUAGCUCGGGGAAGACACUUAUUUUCGUUUGCGCCAAUUUCGGAAGCGCUCAGUACGACCGCCACAGCGAAAGCGCGCAGGUGGAGCAGAGACAACAUGAUAUUGGCUCCUUGGGCGUUUUUCGCCCCUACUGACUUGAGUGACUCCCAGUGGCUGGAAAAUUACGAAGUUCUGUAUCAAGGAAUAAACAACAAGGUGCCCGAAAAUGUCAACAUUUUAACUCUGGAGCCAACAAAGGGUGGCGAAGAGGUUCUGGUGCGAUUUGAGCACUUUUAUGAGCCAAAUGACGACCCUGCCCUCUCUGCAAAUUCCCUUGUACCCAUUUAUAAUUUGACAAAACGAUUUGGUACCGACAAAAUGAUUGAAGAGAUGUCACUUGGGGCUAACAGGCGUUUAGCAGAGGUUUCAAGGCUCCAGUUUCGAAUGGACGGCGCAGAGGCAGAAAAAGAGAGGAAUAUUGCACCAGUAAUUGAUGCAGGAGAUUCUAUUUUGUUGCAACCAAUGGAAAUACGCACUUUUGUAGUGAAAAAUAAUUCAGGCACCGCUCGGUUCUCAGUUUUAUCAUUGGUUUUCUUGCUCCUUAUCGCAAUAGCAUUCCCAGGACAAAUGAAUUAAAUUAAUAGAUUUCUUGUACUCCAAAAAAUAAUGUAUUUUUAAACAGUCAGCAUUAAUAAAAUUAAAUGAUUUAUGCGCCCAAAGAUAAAA